CAUUUCAUUUUGUACAUUGCUCUGCUCUUCACUUCACUUCAGUCAGUGUUGAACUGAACAAAACCGUGAAGAAUUCGUAUAGAUUUUUAUAUUAAGACUAACCUAAUUAGAUAAAUGAAGUGAUCUUAUUUGAAUUUAGGAGUAAAAAAUACGGGGCCAUAAUGCGUCCAGUGCUAUUUGUGGCACUUCUGUGUUGCGGGGUGCUAGCUGCUCGAGCAUAUGAGGACUCCAACCUUGAAGAUGAUGACUUUGCGGAGUUUGAGCAGUUUGAUGCUGACGAUGACCUUCCGGGCGGUGAUCAGGGUUUUCAAGAUUUCAAUGAUGUAGAAAAAGAGGCUCCGGCUCAAAAACCAAAGUUGACUUCAAAUGAAGAAUUUGAGGCAGAAGUUGAGACAGAAGAUGAGCUUGUUGUUGAGGAUGAAGACAAUGAGUUUGAACACUUCCAAGACCCGGAAGAGUUCGAAGGGUUCCAGGACAACGUUCCCAGGAACACUGAGCAGCCAAAGAUUACCAUUUCUAAGGUCCCAAUCACAGUCCGGCCGCGCUGGGACGCUUACUGGUUAGAAGGCGCGCUAUGCUGCCUGCUGGCUGGCUAUGCGCUGUCGUACGCCGUCGGCCGCGCCAAGAACACCGCCAUCGCCACCAACUUCCUCAAACUGCACAAGCCUUUACUAGACGACAAUUUUACUUUAGUCGGUGAAACAGGUAGCGACGUGGUCUGCGUAGGCGAGGACCGCGGCUGGCGGCGCGAGGCGGAACAUUGCUUCACUAUGUGGUGUAGCGGCCGCGUGUGCUGCGAGGGCAUGCUGCUCACUCUCAAGCUCAUCAAGCGUCAAGAUCUAGUCCACGUGAUCCUGGGCAGCUUCCGGAAAACCCCGGACACGCUGCAGGCCCGGAUCGAGCUCGGCAAAGACGACAGUGAUCCGUUUGUGCUGUGCAUCGCGCAGAAGAAGAUCGCCACGCGCCUGGCCAAGGAGAUGCAGGACUUGAGCGUGUUCUGCCCCGAGCGACGGCCUGGCGACAAGCACGGGCUGCCCUCGUCGCUGUCCGUCAUGUCCGAGUGCGGCGAGGCCACGGCCGCCAUCUUGGACGCUCGGGUCACUGCUGCGCUAGCGCAGUACCACGACCACAUACAGUACAUACACAUAUCCGACAAAUACGCCGGCGUCAAGCAGAUGGAGGAGACAGCAGCCACAAAGCCUCCGGACACUGAGCGCGUGCUGAUCGUCUCUCUGGCAUUGGGUCCAGAUGGCGGCGGUGCUGAGGUUCGGCCUCUGUUGCUGCUCGUUUUCCAUCUCUUGGAAAAGGUCAAGCGCACCCGGCUUAGCAAGGAGGCCCUAGCCAAGUGCGAGAAGCGCCGCCAGAAGGUGGCGGAGGCGUGGCUGCGCGGCGCGCACGCGGCGCGCCAGGAGCAGGCCGCGCAGCGCCGCGAGGAGAAGCGCAAGCAGGAGAAGGAGAGGAUACUCGCCGAGGACGACCCAGAGAAACAGCGCCGAUGGGAGCUGAAGGAGCAGAAACGCCAACAGAAGCGCAAGACCCCCAAGAUGAAGCAACUCAAGGUCAAGGCGCUCUAAAGCCCGUACUGAUUAACACUCAAAACUUCAAAUUUUCCAUAUCACUAGCAAGCAAAAGGAUAUUGAUUAUAGAAGAGAACUGUAAGCAAAAUUUGCCUUAGUUUGGUAUUGUACUGCGCCAUAUUUUUCGUGGUGACUGGUUUGUCAAACGUUAUGUUUUGGCAACGAGAGUUGCACGAACUGAAGACGCCUUGUCUGUAAUUUUCUGUACAGAACAGUCUGCCGAUUUUUGCGGCGGAAGGGGCACGUCAAAUGUAUGGCUGUUUGUACGUAACGUAACGUUAGUACAAACAGCCAUGUCAGAUAAACGCCAGUCCAUAUUGUGGGUGAUUUUUUAAAAACGUUGAAGUUAAUUUUCUUGAAUUUUAAGUUACGGGUACUCAAUAAAUGUUUGAUCUCCAUACAAACUUUCAACCCGUUUUUCACCACCUUGAGGGAUGAUUUUAAAUCUCAAAAUAAAACUUGAACCCCAUACAAACUUUCAACCCCUUUUUAACCCUGUUACCCUGUAGCCGGAGAUACACCCAGCUGCAAAAUUUCAUGGCCACUUUAUGAAUGAGUUAAUUCAUAAUGUUUCCAGUCAAUUUGAAAAGCUCGGGCUGUCAAAUUAGAACGAAUUUGACUUAGAUCUUUCUUAUACAAUCAAACCUAAUUUGUUAGUAAUCAUAAACAAAACAAUACUUAGAACGAAUUUGACUUAGAUCUUUCUUAUACAAUCAAACCUAAUUUGUUAGUAAUCAUAAACAAAACAAUACUAAGUCGCCAUAUGAUAAUGAGUUAAUUCAUAAUGUUUCCAGUCAAUUUGAAAAGCUCGGGCUGUCAAAUUAGAACGAAUUUGACUUAGAUCUUUCUUAUACAAUCAAACCUAAUUUGUUAGUAAUCAUAAACAAAACAAUACUAAGUCGCCAUAUGAUGAAUGACUUGUGUUGGGUCUUGAGUGUUGGUUAUUACGAGCCGGAACUGCAACCUUUUCAACCGCGAUAUCUUUACCCCCGCUUUGCCAUUUCGAUCAAUUUUAGCGUCGGUUUACAAACAGUCUAGAAAAACUAUAUUCAUACUUUAUAAUUUUGCCCUCCAACAAGUGCAUUAAUUAAGUUACGUACCAUAUCGUUAUUUAAUAAUGAAAUGAAUUGGUGUCAAUUCGACAGUAUCUGUAAAUAAGAGAUCAAUGUAUGUAACUGAUACUGAUUUUUUUUUAUUGUUCAAGGAAUAAAAUAUGUCUAAAUGUAAAACAAAUCUAAAACGUCAUCAAUCAAAAAAUCAUUUAUAUUUUCUCGAAUAAGCAUGAUCAACUAUGCACUCCAAAAUUUUAUCUUAUUGUGUCAGUUUUCUUUCAUUGUGAUUUGUAAGACUAAUUGUAGAUUACCAGAGUUAGACCAAGCUAAGUUGGCAGCGAUUUUGAUAGCCCAGCCUGUGCAAGUGUUAAGAAAUCGUCAUAGUUUUUUUUUUUUUUAAUAAAUAUUAUAGGACAUUACACAAAUUGACUAAGUCCCACAGUAAGCUCAAUAAGGCUUGUGUUGAGGGUGCUUAGGCAACGAUAUAUAUAAUAUAUAAAUAUUUAUAUACUUAAAUACAUAGUUUCAUAAAAGGUUCACGUUUAAAAUAACCCUUGCACUGUCUGGGCUUUCAAAAUCGCUGACAACUUAUCUUGGUCUGACUCUAUCUUGUUACAAAAAAUGGACAAAGGUACAUAACUAACUAACUAACUGCUUUGGCUCAGCGAUCCAAAAAGAAUCUUGGCCUCCGAAACGAGAGAACGCCACCUGUCCCGAUCCAGCGCGGUUUCCUGCCAUGAAUUGGCAUUCAGCCGACGCAGGUCCGCCUCCACUACAUCACACCAGCGGUACCUGGGGCGCCCGAUCGGACGACGGCCGAUUGGUCGCCCCAAGUACGCUUCCUUGACUACGCGAUCCUUCCCCAUUCUGAGUAGGUGACCGAGCCAGCGAAGUCUGUGGGAUUUAGUUACGCCUAUGAUAUUGGGCUCAGCCACCAACUCUUCGAUCUCGGCGUUUUUCCGGAUCCUCCAGGAGCCGUCGUCACUUCGGACAGACAUAGUGUAAUAAAACCUUUUGGGACUGUUAUCUUAUAAGUGGAAAACGUAUUUCUAAUAAUUAUGGUAACUCUAGUUAUAUUCACUAUUUUUUAAACUGCAUUAUUAAAUGAGGACAUAAAAAUAAUUCUUAAUAGGCAGAGUUAAUAAGUGUGAGUUUAAUUUUUCAUCAAAAAUUGAAAUGGCAAAUCGGUUUGUGUGGAAGCGUUGUAGUGUUUCGCACGAAACACGAGUAUUACUGAUGUGAUGUGUCAAAUGCAAUAUUAUUUAAAGUACUUACAGUCCGUUUCAGAAUUUGCUGGACUAUGACCAGUAGGUACUUUUACCUAAAAAUGUAACUAGGCCCCAUAUGUUUGAAAAUAUUCAAUGUAAAAGUAUUUAUUUGUGGAUUACUGUACAUUUUUGUUAUUUAUUUACCUCUAAGUGUUACAUACCUACUCAGUGAGCUCGAUUAAAUAAAUUUAAGUUGCAAUUA